AUGUUAGGUAACUUCCUAGGUAUACACUUUCCAAGUUCGCCGCCAAGACCCUUUGACAAAAACUGCCUGAAUCCUUUGCGUCAACAAAGGGCCAGUCUGAGAGUGGAAUAUGAUCGUCGGUGCUGCUUGAACAUCAUUUUCCUUUUGAUCCCCUCCUCCUCGCCUACCUACCCAUCAACGCGACUUAUAACAAAAGUAACGACGGAGAUGCCACUGAGCGACAAAGAAGAUGGCCUUCCGCCCAGUGGAUUCCAUCUUCACUUUGAGUUUGGAGUUUCCUGGAUGUCGGCUCGCAAGGGCAGAAGGCUUACCUAUGUGACCAAACAACAUAAGCAAACCCAGCAUGCGGGGCUUGCUUCUGGGCAUUCAAGACGAGGCUCUUCACGACGAAGGAGCAGUUCCGCACCGCCAGUAUCAAAAUCCACCGCAGCCCAUGAGAGUCGCCAUUCUUCCAGAUCUGUACCAGUGGUAUCUAAAGCUUUGCCCGCAACGCCAAAUCAAUAUCGCCUGGGCGAGGCCGGAAUGCCUUGGACACCUUCGGCAUUCCCAGAAGAUCAUGGCAAUUACGAUAUUGAUGCACAGAUAACGGAGCCGCAGGUUGAUGAUCGAGAGAGGGGGCGCUCUGCUGAAAUGGCAUCCUUGGCUGCAGCAAUGAUGACAGUUGACAAUGGAUUUGAGGACCAGUGGUGGUACCAGGGCACUAGACAAACAACACAAGCUGGCGAUUUAAUUUCACCUGCAAGCUUGUCGCAAUCACAAAGUGCUCAAAGUAUUAUUUCGUUUUUAGAAGAAGAAUCAUAA